CCAAAGAUCUAAUCACUUAGGCAUGUUAUUUCAACAUUAACCAUUGAAGCUUCCUGUAAAUGUCAUAGGAAGGUCAUGGCGAAACCACCUUGCAGCAGAAUAUAGUAUAUGUAUAGCUCUAUACUGCUACCAUUAGACAGCAGUCUCUUAGCUUCUCUAAAUGUCUAACAACAACAGUUUUAGGCUGCCAGGCUCCCCGGAAAGCGCCUAUCAGUCCAAUUUCGAGUUCCCUGACGAGUGGACUUUCGACGGUUGGCUCGAGGAUUAUCCUGAAGCCAUCAUCUCAGGGCCAAUUCAGUUUCCUUUUAAUCAGGACAAUGAAGCUAAUGACUUUGCUGGCACUAGCAGCCUCCUUCGAGUACCUGGGGAAAAUGAAACUGUGAGGGAGAGGAGGGAAGCCAGAGAAAGAUACGCAUUCAAGACCAAGUCCGAGGUCGAGAUAUUGGAUGAUGGAUACCGGUGGAGGAAAUACGGGAAGAAAAUGGUGAAGAACAGCCCGAAUCCGAGGAACUACUAUAGAUGCUCUGUUGAAGUAUGCCCCGUGAAGAAAAGAGUCGAAAGAGAUAAAGACGACCCGAGUUACGUAAUCACAACUUACGAUGGGAUCCACAACCACCGAAGUGCUUCUUGAAUCAAUCGACAAUUCACCUUUAGGAUCUCAGAGCCAACUCCUGCAGAAGGCCAACAUCAAUCUGCAACGAUCGCAUCAUCUGCAUAGAAUAUCGAAAAGUCUCUCUGCAUUUCUAUCCUUGUAGGGUAUCUGUAAGAAAAUCCAAGGACCGGACUUAUCAGAAGAGGUUGUUCGGAUCUGUUCUUUGAACACUUGAUGUAAUAUGUAAUAAUAAUCCGAAAUCAUCAAUAAAAUUAUAGACUUCUUGGUGAGCCAAGUGAUUGCAGCAUUAAGAAACCAUUGCAAGAGAAUAAGAAGGCACAAAAGAAAGCAGAAAACUUUAGCUAUAUGCUUCAUUUAUCAAAUUGAGAUGAAUUGAUUACAUUUGAAUGAAUAUUCAACUGUAAAUUGAUUCUUAUUGGACUGUACAAUCUUUGACAACUUUAGUUGCAGAAAAGUUGGCUGAUACAUGCAUACAAAGUAAACGGUCAAAAUCCACAAUCUACAACAAAAUUCGACAACUUAAUUUAGGAAGAUGACAUUAGGGUUUCGAUAAUGUGGACCCGAAUCUGCCAAUCCUUUCAAACCCGCAAAUGUUUCAUCGACAUUCAGGUUAGACUCCACAGCACGUUCCCAGCAUGCAUUUUUCUCAGCACUGAUGGGUAGAAUUUUACAAUUGCCUUUCACUUUGAAAAUGUUUCCUUUUGGAGUUAGCUGUGCCACUAGCAAGCAUCCAGCGUGUCCCGGACUGUUGCUGUGCUUUGCUACCCCAAAGAUGCUGCUUAUCAGGCUCAGUAUUUAACCCUGCAAGAUGAACUUC